UGUCCGGUUAAAGUUUACCCAGAGGCUCUGGAGAAGGAGUUCGCGUCUUCUUUUUUCUUUUUUUCAUCUCCUCACUUCACGGGAGCUAUGAGCGGACUGCGCAAGCACUUCAGUAUGGGACUGGUGCUCCUGAUGUGCACGCUGACCGGCCACUGCAACGAGAGCGCGCCCUCGGCGGCUCCGGCGUGGACGACGACGACUACUGCGUUGACGGCGGCUGCAGCAGGAGGAGGAGGAGGAGGAGAAGGAGGAGGAAGGGACGCCCAGCAGCACUCGAGGCGUUUAAUAGAGAUCAUGAAACACAUUGAGCACAGCCGGGGUCACCACAGCGCGAAAACGGAAGCCCCCUUAACACUGUGGGCGAGGAGCUCUCUGGAUUUACGCAACUUGAAAACAGACAGAGGGGAUCACAUAGUCGCCGUUUUCCCCCGAGAUCUCAGAAAUAAGGAGAAAUUCCUGAAAUAUUUAACAGGUCCACUCUACUUCAGCCCCAAGUGCAGGAAGCAUGCGUACAGACUCUACAACCACACCAGAGACUGCACGAUACCUGCAUAUUUCAAAAGAUGUGCGCGACUUCUGACACGACUAGCCGGCAGUCCGCAGUGCACAGUGGGGUAGCACGCUCAAGGUUGAAGCCAAACACAAGUUCUCCAGAAGAAAAAAACUUGGGAAAAAAAACUGCCUUGGACAGUAAGAGGGAAGCCUAAAAUACUCUGACCAGCCCCAACUGAUAUUAGGCACGGUACUGCCUUUCAGUGAGGUCUGUUCUGUGCUAAGGCGUGGAUUACUGCCACCCACCUCUCUGGCUGGACCCUCGAUGGUUGGCUGUCACCACGAGGGAGCGACCAACAAAACCAGACCAAGAUAAAGAUGGUGACACUGAAGAGUGGAGAAGAAAAAAAGAAACAAGUGGCUGAGAGAAACAAACAUGGGGCCUUUUUUUCCUGCUGGGAUCCAAAAAGAUGUUGCUAAAACACACCAAAAAAAAAGGGAUUGCAUAUUUUUAUUUUGGUCAUUUCUUGAAGAAAAGAGCAAAAUCCAAAUGUACUGUUUAUAGCAUGACUUGCUUUUCUGCGAGUGAUUUUGGGUUGAGCCCAUCCCUACUACUGCACUACCCCAUUAUGCAGACAAAAAGCUCCCACAGACCCCGUGGCCGGCAGUCACAGCAUAGUUUCACUCACUUGUGCUCACACUGAGAAGAAACUGUGAUUAAAUUAUUAAUUGCAUGAACAUUUCUCCGCGUCUUUGCAAGACAUGUUUAAAAAAAGAAGUGGCGGUUGUACGGUUGUAAGUCACAGCCCUCCUGUGGAUUUUGGCAGAGCGUGGUACAGUCUAUAUUUAUAUAUUUGAGUUCCACUGUACACACUAUCGGCCAUAACCACAUAAAACAAGAGAAAUAUGUACAUACUGUAAAGCAAAGCAUAAGAGGAAUCCACCUACCUACCAUAAAUUAAAGUGACUGGCAUUUAUCAAAUGGCUGUUAAAUACAUACAUAAAUAUAUAUAUAUGUAAAAAAAAUGAAAUAUAUUUA